CUAAGCGCAGCGGGUGUGAGACGGCUCCUCUCCUCCUGCCGCGACAUGGACUCUCGCGUCUACCACCAUAUCUGCCCCGGCGUCCUCGUUAAUAUCCAGCGGAGCAAUGGUAUGAUACACAAGGCGAUAGUGAAGACGGUGAAGGCGGACCGGUCUUCCGUGACUGUGGAGUGGGUAGAAGACGUCUCCGUUAAGGGCAAGGAGGUUGGGAUUGAGGAUGUAAUAAAAAUAAAUCCUGAGUUAUCAGAAGAGCCACCUGUUGCAGACAUGAAAGAGAACCUUCCUGUGCAAGAGAAUGUAACUCUACAGAAACAGACACGUAGAACAACCCUUUCAAGAAUCCCAGCUCCCCCUAAAGCUUUUCUUGGGCGGUCCAGGAUAUGUGCUGUCAUAGAACCUCGGUGUGACCUCCAGGAAAAUGAGAUAAGAUUGGAUCCCUGUGCUACACAGACUAGAAACAAUUUGUUGGUUCCUGCUGGCUGCAACUGGGCUAGCAGGCCAAGCUGUGCUUCAGAAGCUGCACUGCCAAAUGGAAACGAGAGUGCACAGGAUCAUCUGCAUGCUGCUAGGACGAGCUUGCCCAUGAACCAAGUUCAGAGAAGAUCUAACAUUGUGAAAGAGAUGGAGAAAAUGAAAAACAAGAGAGAAGAAAAGAGAGCUCAAAACAGCGAAGUCAGGACAAAACGUGCACAGGAGUUUGACAGCAGCUGUCCAAACUGGGAGUUUGCACGGAUGAUUGAGGAAUUCAGAGCAACUUUAGACUGCCAGCCAAUAUCUUUAACUGAUCCUCCAGAAGAACAUAAGAUUUGUGUCUGUGUGAGGAAGCGCCCUCUCAAUAAACAAGAACUUCUGAAAAAGGAGUGUGAUGUGAUCACUGUUCCAAGCAAGUGUGUCUUGCUGGUGCACGAGCCAAAGCAGAAACUGGACCUCACAAAAUACUUGGAAACCCAAGCGUUUAGAUUUGACUUUUCAUUUGAUGAAUUCUCUUCUAACGAAAUGGUGUACAGGUUCACUGCCAGACCUCUCGUAGAGACCAUCUUUGAGGGUGGGAGGGCGACAUGCUUUGCCUAUGGCCAGACAGGCAGUGGCAAGACCCACACUAUGGGUGGAGAUUUCUCUGGGAGAGCACCGAAUGCUUCAAAGGGAAUCUAUGCUUUUGCAUCCCAAGAUGUCUUCCUCCUUCUAAACCAGCCCAGGUACAAGAAUCGGCACCUGGAAGUCUAUGUAACUUUCUUUGAAAUAUACAAUGGCAAGGUGUUUGAUCUCUUGAACAAGAAGGCAAAGCUACGAGUUCUGGAGGAUGGCAAGCAGCAGGUCCAGGUUGUUGGUCUCCAAGAAAGACAAGUUGCCUGUGCUGAGGAUGUCACCAAAAUGAUUGAGAUGGGCAGUGCCUACAGGACAUCUGGGCAGACGUUUGCCAACACCAGCUCUUCGCGCUCACACGCCUGCUUCCAAAUCCUGCUGCGCUGCAGAGGGAAACUGCUGGGCAAGUUUUCCUUGGUGGAUCUGGCAGGAAAUGAGAGAGGUGCAGACACAGCUAAUGCUGAUCGGCAGACACGAAUGGAAGGGGCAGAAAUCAAUAAGAGCUUGCUGGCUUUGAAGGAAUGUAUCCGAGCUUUAGGACAGAACAAAUCCCACACUCCUUUCCGGGAGAGCAAGCUGACCCAAGUGCUGAGAGACUCUUUCAUAGGAUCAAACUCAAGGACUUGUAUGAUAGCAAUGAUUUCUCCAGGCAUGAGUUCCUGUGAGUACACCUUAAACACGCUGAGAUACGCUGACAGAGUGAAAGAGCUCAGCCCUCAUGGAUCUGUCAAAGCAGAGAACCAGAUGGAGGUGGAAACUGAGAACAAGGAAGCAGAGACCAGUGGAGAAGGCUCAGAACUUCAAUACAAUCUCUCCAAGAUUGAGGAGGAAGAUGGCUCUAUCCAAAUGCUCGACUUAGAGGUGAUAACUCAGAUUGACAGCCUGGAGGAGAAGUUUGUAGAACAACUUAGAGAUGUGAGACAGAAACAGAUAUCUGAAGUUGACUACAUCUUGGGAAUGAGGGAGCGAGUGGACUAUGACCUCGAGACCCUUGUGAGCGGAGCUAAGCAGUUGGUAGAAGAAAGCAUCAAGAACUGGCUUAGUGUCAAAGAAGCUGUGGAUGCCCUGGCAGCUGCCAUGCAACUGGGGGAAGAAGCCAACAAGCACCUGAGGCUGAAGUAAAUACAGCUCAAAACCUGGUGCACAAGCAGUCUCCUCUUGUGUCGUGUCUGGUUGGUUGUGUCACUGUUUUAAUUCUUCUAGAAGGUGUGUGGGUGACAUGUGCUGAGAGCAGUGAACACUGUGGCCCCUCUGUCCUCAAGGCCCACUGUGGGGGUUUUCAGUGCUGGAAACACCCCUGCAAGGCUUGGGGAGGAGGACCCAGAGCUGUGUCUACCAUCUGGCCCUUUGCUAGUGGCAAUGGCAGGCUGUGAUUGGACCAGACACACAGAGAGAGCUUUCUAGUGUACCUACACCUCUUCCACAUGUGCUUGAACUGUUGCACAUCUGUGGCAAGUCUGGCUUUUUCUACAAAAGAAGGGACUAUGUGUACUUGUAAAAAAAAUCUGUAUUUUAAGAAGUUUGAUAAAUAAAUGUUGAUUCUCUUCUC